GCUGGCAGCGGGCGGCGCGCGGGGCCGAGCGAGCGGAGCGGCGGCGGCGAGCGGCGGCCCGGGCCGGCCGGCGGUCCCACCAUGGUGGCCAAGCAGCGCAUCCGCAUGGCCAACGAGAAGCACAGCAAGAACAUCACCCAGCGCGGGAACGUCGCCAAGACCUCGAGGACGGCCCCGGAGGAGAAGGCGUCGGUCGGGCCCUGGCUGCUGGCGCUGUUCAUCUUCGUGGUUUGCGGAUCAGCCAUCUUCCAGAUCAUCCAGAGCAUCCGGAUGGGCAUGUGAGGGGCCCGUCGCCGGCGAGGCCCCCCGCGCCCUCCCCCCAGCGCUGCCAUGGACUGUUUCCCCCGGCCGGCGCCCAGCCAGCCCCGGUCCGUCGCAGCAGCUGCCGAGGAGCGGUGCUCGGCUUCGGCCGUGUCGCAUUCCAGGUCCCUUCAGGAGUCAUUCCGAGUUUUCUAGCCCGUGCCACAGUGCCUUGAACAGCACGACAUGUAUAAAGCAAUAAAGUUCUAUUGUUGAUCUACAAUCGUGGACCUACUUAUUGGGUGAGGUGCCCAGUCCUGUGCGCUGUGGAUCUGUUACGCUGUACCCAAGUUGGCAUUGUUGUAAGCACCGGCCCGAGGUCUGUGCCAGUCUCUGUAUAGCUGGAAAUGGUUUUAUUUAAGCUCUGAAGCCGCCGGGGUUUCUGUAGUGGCUGGAGCCUGAAGCAUGUUGAUAGCGAAGCAGCUGGGCCGCGCAGUUCCCUGUAGCUUACCCGAGUGCAUCGUCCCCUGUACGCAUAGAGUAGCCCCACUGCAGCAUGUGGCAGUGCCCAAACGCUUCCCCUGGCAUAAACUCUCCCACCCCUCUUCUCCCGGUGAACAUGGAAUGCUUGUUUGUGUAGCAUUAGCGGCGUUGGUUAGAAACUGGCCCGAUGGAGCAGCAGCCGCCUCUUGACACCACCCUGUGCUGACGUCCCACAGACAUGGGCCGGAGCCCCCCGCGCCUGCCGCCGGCUGUAAAUACUUCAUGGACAACCUUCAACAAGUGUUGGUGGUUCUACACUUGCCGAUGCUGUUUGGGAAUGUUCCGUGCAGGUGCAGGGACCCUGCCCCUCCUGCUCACCGUCCCGCUUUCGUGUGCAGCACCUGCAGAGCGUGGUGUGUCUUGCAAUCUGUAUUUAAUCCUAUUUAAGGUAAAUCCUGCUUACAGCUCGAUUUCAUCUAACGAUGGACCCAGUACUUAACCGCUUCCCUAUGGAUCAUCCUUCUCAGUGAGACUGAAUUUAAAGAGCAGGAAAAAGCACCCUCCUACACCUGUAGCCAGCUGUAACUUGAGAUCACAGCGGAAAAUGCUGCUAUUGAUCAUGUUCUACUCCUGGUGGCCCAGGCUUUGCACUGGCCUUGUGCUGCCUGUUGCGCUUAAAGGGCAAGCUGAAGAUGCUCUGCUCCUCUAUGCCGUGGCUAAGGAAGAUUAAGCCUUUUUUUUUUGGGGGGGGGGGGGGGGUGUUCUGAGCAUAAGACAAAAAUCUGGUUCCUCUAGAAGUAAUAGAGAAAUGUUUCUGUAGAGAUAAUGAAAUGCUUGUUAACCACGAGGAGAUCUUUGUACAAGUGGUUGCGUUUCUGUAUGAAAUCAGCGGGGCUGGCGCUGCCAGGGGCACGCCUCGGCCCGAGCCGUGCGGGGCAGCCUGCCUUCUGUGUUCUCAGUCACCUGUAUUUUGUACAUGGUAGUGGGGGGGAAGGAUGUAUAAUCUCUGGUUUUAAAUAAAGUUCUUUCCAAACACCA